UUUUGUUUUCUUGUGAUAGUCCAUUCAGGGCCCUAGCCCAAACCAAACAUAUGUUCUAACAAAAUAUUGCACAAAUGUAACAUAAGCUCAAAACUUAUAAAAUGGGUAAUCAGUUUAAAAACGUCGCAAUUAUAGCCUGCCUUAAAACAUUGCUUUUCAUCUUCAAUAUUGUUUUCUGGUUGGCGGGUCUCCUCAUCUUGGUGGUAGGCCUCUGGGCUGAGUUCGAUCUGUACAAGUAUAUGGAGUUGUCUCCAGAAUUCUCUGGGACCGCUCCCCACGUCAUCAUCGGUAUCUCCGGCUUAAUUGUACUCAUCAGUUCAGUGGCUUUCUCGUGCAUUAUCAAAGGCCAGCCGGUUCUGCUGUACAUUUAUGGAGGAUUCCUAGUAUGCAUUUUCAUGACGGACGCGGGCGUCGGGGCAUCGGUAGUCUGCUACCGUGAUACCUUCGCCAAGGGUCUCCACGAUGGACUCACCCACACCAUCGUUACUUACAACCCACAGAAACCUAAUUUCGACUUCGCUCAAUCCACGUUAUAUUGUUGCGGCGUGAACAACUACACGGACUGGAUGCGACUGUCGCCACAAAGAGUGAUACCCAUCUCCUGCUGCCUCGACCCCAAUCGCUGCGUCACGGCCAAUUACAACGACGUCUACCAAAGGGGAUGUUACGAAGUUAUCACGGAAUACCUGAUCAACAACAUGAACAUACUGAUUGGCGUGGCGGUUGGCACGGCUGUGUUACCACUCGUGGGCGCGCUCCUCUCCUGCUCAUUGGCCAGAUACAUCGAGAAAUCAAAAUACGACGUCAUCAAUUAACAACUACCCGCAUUUUUUUCUAUUAAUGUUUAUCGACUGAAUGUUAUUUGAUAUUGAAUAUAUUUUCUAAAUUUUAUUCUCAAAAUUAUAUAAUCGUUUAUUCAAUUGUAUGUUACUAUAUUAGUGUAGAUGUUGAAGUUUAAUCUAUUUCUUCUAGCAAUGUUACCAGUGUUCGUUAUUCAAUUUCCUUGAAUCUAUGAAUUAUAUUUGGGAAAUUAAAAAUUUAC